AUGGAACUAGCAGUUAACUCAGUGACUCAUAUUUUCUUGAUUUCCAUUUUUUUGACAAAUUUUUGCUGGUUUAAUAUUGGAGCUGAAACAUCCAAAGAGCUUUUCAAAGGAUUUAAAGCAACCCCAGAUCCUCAUAUUUCAACUUUUCAACCUCUUCUUACUGAUUCUUCUGGUAAUUACUCACUGAGUUUUCUCCGAGUUGAAAAAGAUCAACUCACUCUUUCUAUUAUUCAUGUUCCAUCUUCUGAGUCAAUAUGGGUUGCUAACUUGACCCAUUUUGCAAGAUGGGCUGACCCGACUGAGCUCUUGUUUAAUGGCAGUCUUGUGCUGUCGGAUUCUCGUUCAGGGGUAUUUUGGUCAACUCAGACUAAUGGAGACCGUGUCUGGCUUUCAAAUGCAUCAAAUUUGCAAGUCCAAAAGCUUGAUAGUGGAAUGAGGUUAAAUUCUGUUUUGUGGCAAAGUUUUGAUUUUCCCUCAGAUACCCUUGUGGAAAAUCAAAAUUUCACAAGUGCCAUGACAUUGGUUUCGUCCAAUGGGCUUUAUUCCAUGAGUUUGGGCUUUGAUUUUUUCGGGUUGUAUGCAAAGUCCAAGGACGAACCGGGUUCGGGUCGGAUCUACUGGAAGCACAAGGCAUUAGAAGCAAAGGCAGAUGUUAUUGAAGGUCAAGGACCAAUUUAUGCUGUACUAAAGUCAGAUGGUUUUUUUGGUAUGUACCAAAAUGAGUCAGUUCCAGUUGAUGUAGAAUCUUUUAACAGUUUUCAACAACCCGUAUCCGGUGUCCGUCGGAUCCGGAUCGAACCGGAUGGGAAUUUAAAAGGAUAUUUUUGGGCCGGGACAAGUUGGAUAUUGGACUACCAAGCAAUAAAGGAGACAUGUGAAUUACCUAGUCCUUGUGGUAUAUAUGGACUUUGUCAACCGGGUAAAGGUUGCUCUUGUCUAGACAAUAGUACGGAUUACAACUCCGGCCGGUGUGUCUCGCAGGAAAAUCAAGACUCCGGCGACUUUUGUGGGGUGUAUGAUCAUAAAAAGUACAAGGGGUUGUCAAGAAAUGGUGUUGAAUUGCCUAACAAGGAGUUAAUGACUUACCAAAAGAUGGUUUCUUUUCAAGAAUGUCAAAGUGCAUGUGAAGGGAAUUGCACAUGUUGGGGUGUGGUGUAUACUAAUACAUCUGGAUUUUGCUACAUACUAGACUACCCCAUACUAAGCUUAGUAGGAGUAGGGGAUGAGUCCAAGAUGGGGUUUUUCAAAGUGAGGGAAGGUGUAGGGAAAGAUAAGGUGGAGGUGGGGUUAGGGGUAGGGAUAGGGUUAUUAUGUGGGGCCAUCUUGGUAUUUGGUGGGGUCAUAGGGUUAGGGUUGUAUAGAUAUAGGAAAAGAAAAAGAGGUGUGAGUGGUUAUGUAGAAGAAGAUGGAAUGGUAGUUGGACCAUACAAAGAAAUGGGAAAUGCAAGUUUUAGGUCAAUUGAACUAAGUGAAAGAUGA